AUGUCACAAUCAGGACCACAAAUUCCAGAACUUGGUAGUGAAUUCCUGACAGUAGAGAAAUUCAAAGAAGCUGCUCAGCAAGGUGCUAAGGCAGCAGGCUUUGCUUUCAGUGUAUCAUCAUCAAAAAUGUCGCGUGUUGAGAAAGAUGGUUGUACUCCCUUUGUUACCCUACAAUGUGUAAUGGGAGGAAAAUACAGAAAUAAUCAUGAAAUUACUGAAGAAACUAGAAAAAGAGUGAAGUUUACAAAACGUCAAAGCUGCCUUGUUAGUUUAAGAGCUACUUUAAAUGAAAAUACUGGUGUUUGGGUAGUAUCCUCUUAUAAAAGUCAACAUAAUCACGAACCUCUUUCUUCAACACAAGUACAUUGCCUUCAUCAACAUCAGGUUUUUAACAAAGAGCAAAAAGAACUAGUUCAUCUUAUGCUUAAAACUGAAGGAAGCCAUAGUGGAUUGAAAAAGGCAAUAGAGGCGGCAAGUGGUUUAGAGCAGGUUUUUUCACAUAUUGAUCGUGCCUUUCGUCAACAUAAAUUACAAACAAAUAGAGCUUUGGGAUUAAAUAUUAUUUCUGCAGAUCCAUUUAUUCUUAAUAAUAAAAGGUUCGAACAGCUACUUGGAAAAAUUUCUAAGUGGACAAUUAAUAAAAUAAAAAAGGAAAUAUGUGAAAUUAAAGAAAACGACAAUAAUGAAAAAAAUAAUCAUUGUGAAUUGCCUCUAUUGUCUUCUUCAUCCCAGUCAAUUGAUAUAGCCGUUAAUAAGGCUUUAUACAAACUUGAAGAAAAAUACAAAACCUUAAGUGACAGUGGAUCCAAAGCUACACUUUUACAAAAAAUUGAAGCUCUAGCUAUUGAAGAGAAUAUAAUUCCAAAGGCACCAUUACGAUGA